AGCUGCUUCUUGUAACAAGCCUAUACUCCACAUUAUCUAAAGCCAAAAUCACUGAAGACGACCCUGGCAAUUUUUGAAUUUGAGUAGAUGGCUCUGCCUGGAAGUGUCACGUUCACGUUGACACUUUACAGGUUAACAGCUGAUAAACACAGCUGUUGCGUGUGAUUUAUGUUAAUAUCUUCUAAUGUGUACUUUCUUGAAAAUAGUGUACUUUGUUCAAUCUAAUCGGAUUACUUCAUAAAAUUAGAGGAAUUUGUGACACACAAGUGCGUUUUAUCAAACUUUCUUAUACAAUGUAAAGACUUUUAUUUAAUCGUAAUCGUAUGCAGCAGUUUUAUCACUAUUGUCUCGAUAGAUGUUAAAUUUGAGUACCAGCAUAAUUUUAUUAGUGAUAACUGAAUUAUGUGAUAAGUAUCAUAUAGGGGUUGAGUGUUGAGAGAAACGUAAACUUCUGAAGUACAUCAUUUAAAAGGUGACAAUGGAAGGUGAAGAUUCCUCAAUUCAUGAUGCAGGAACAGCAGAAUCUCAAGAAAAUUUCGUAGAUGCAGAUAGUUUGCCCCCAGGAUGUUACAAUUGGUUUUGCCAUCCUGCAGGGAGAUGCCACAGGUUUAUUGCCCUCAUUUUUAUGUGCUUUUUAGGAUUUGGAUCGUAUUUUUGUUAUGAUAACCCUGGAGCAUUGAUAGACGACAUGAAAAAGGAUCUCAAUAUUACAAACGCUGAAUAUUCUAUAUUAUAUUCCAUAUAUUCAUGGCCAAAUGUGGUACUAUGUUUUUUAGGAGGAUUUUUAAUAGACAGUGUAUUUGGAAUUCGUCUAGGAGCCAUUAUUUAUUCAGCUUUCACAUUAGGAGGACAUGCAAUUUUUGCAUUAGGCGCAUAUUGUAAAACAUAUUGGCUCAUGGUAUUAGGACGAUUCAUAUUCGGUAUUGGAGGAGAAUCAUUAGCUGUUGCUCAGAACAACUAUGCUGUACUGUGGUUCAGUGGGAAAGAGUUGAACAUGGUAUUUGGGUUACAGCUCAGCUUUUCACGAGUUGGUAGCACUGCUAAUUUUUUAGCAAUGGAGCCUUUAUAUAAGUGGGUCCACAAUAUGGGUAUAAGUGGACACCAGUUACUUGGGAUAGUAUUAUUCAUAGGUAAGUAAUGGC